AUGAUUAUAUUAUGUAUGAUCUUAAUAGCUUAUGAUAUUCUUGUUCUUAUUGAUCCAACUCGGUGUUUCUUUUUCAAUUGUAAUGAUGCUUCAGUUGAUAUAUCUAAUUCAACACAUAAUAUAAUCGUAACUGGCUGGCCACUUUAUAUAACAUGGCCCGGCUAUUUUCAAACAAAUAUGAAUGCAAAACGUAUAUUUCAAAGUAUUCAAAUACUUUGUGCUGGCUUAUUUAUUUUAUUUGCAUCUUUAUAUAUAUUAACGUAUAUUAUUUAUAGACAUAUUAGAUUAAAUCAACAACUUAUUUCUAACACUGAUCGUCGUAUGUUUUCAACAAAUGAAACAAAAAGAGUAUUACCAACAAAUGAAACAAAUAGAGUUUUACCAACAAAUGAAACAAAUAGAGUAUUACCAACAAAAUAUUCCAAUAAUUUAUCUCAAUCAUAUCCACAAUAUAAUCCUCAUCAUCAAGUUACAACAUAUACGAUUGAAGGUCAACCAUACACAUCAGCACAAUCUCAUUAUUCAUCAGUAGCAGUACGACCUGCUACAACGACAACAACACCAAGAAAAACAGAAACCAAACCAUUUGUAGGACCAAACGUUAGUUCAGUUAACUAUGACCAAGUAUGUGCACGUUGUAAUCAAGAACCUCAAAUGAUAUUAACAACAAAUUAUGAACGAAAAAAUUUCUUUCCAUACUUAUGCAUCAAUUGUAAUAAUGAAAUUGUAAAUCAUCGUCGAAAACCACCAUUCGUUCAAUCAAAAUAUAGACCCAUAUGGAGACCUUAA